AUGUGUAGUGGUGUUCCAUUUCAUCAAGUGAUUAUCGAAGAAAACGCUUUCAGCACGAAAGAAUUCUUGGCUUUAUUGGAUGAGAUCGUUCGACUGAAUAUCACAUCAGAUGCGGCACCGAACCGUAAAACACUCCAAUAUUUAAGCCAGGCGAAUUUCGAACAACAUUUUCGUGAUUACAUCGGACGGGUCGUCGGAGGUGGAGUGGAUGAGAGCGGACAGUUUCAUCUCGCGUUGCCGUCGAAUCAAAUGAGUGGUCAUCAUAACAUUGAACCAAUUGAACGCGUUUUGUACGAAAUCAAAGCUGACAAUGUUACCGUUGAGCAGUUAGAGGACGGUGUGGUGAGCCACUUUCUGCAAAACACAACGGCCGGUGAGCGCUUGAGAAAACAUUGGCAAAAUGUUGCUGAAGUGAGGAGCCGAAUUGAUUUGAUUGAGUGGCUGUAUUCGGUGGUGAAAUACUUCCCGUUGAGUGAGCAGUGCGCAAACAAAUACAUUGAACAUCGUACGUCGGAUACGAAAACUUUCAAGGUUAGUUAUCGAAGUUUUUGUUUCGUAAUUGCUCAUCUUUCAGUGGGAAUGUAG